AUGACGGCCGAGAGCGCGCCGCCGCCCCCGCCGCAGCCCGAGGCGCUGGCGGCAGUGAAGGAGGAGCGCGGGGAGGCGACGGCGGCGGCGGCGGCGGCGGGCGCGGGGGUCCCGGCGGAGGCAGCGGGCCGCGGCGCGGGCGGACGGCGACGCAAACGCCCCCUGCAGCGGGGGAAGCCGCCCUACAGCUACAUCGCGCUCAUCGCCAUGGCCAUCGCGCACGCUCCCGAGCGCCGCCUGACUCUGGGCGGCAUCUACAAGUUCAUCACCGAGCGCUUCCCGUUCUACCGCGACAACCCCAAGAAGUGGCAGAACAGCAUCCGCCACAACCUCACGCUCAACGACUGCUUCCUCAAGAUCCCGCGCGAGGCGGGCCGCCCGGGCAAGGGCAACUACUGGGCGCUCGACCCCAACGCCGAGGACAUGUUCGAGAGCGGCAGCUUCCUGCGCCGCCGCAAGCGCUUCAAGCGCUCGGACCUGUCCACCUACCCGGCCUACAUGCACGAUGCUGCGGCCGCCGCCGCCGCCGCCGCCGCCGCCAUCUUCCCGGGCGCCGUUCCCACCGCGAGGCCGGCCUACCCGGGCGCCGUCUACGCGGGCUACGCGCCGCCGCUCGCCGCGCCCCCGCCCGUCUACUACCCCGCCGCGUCGCCGGGGCCCUGCCGGGUCUUCGGCCUGGUUCCCGAGCGGCCGCUCAGCCCGGAUCUGGGCCCCGCGCCGUCUGCAGCCGGCGGCUCGUGUGCCUUCGCGGCGGCGGCGGGAGCGGCCGGCACCGGGGGCUUCCAGCCGGCGGUGUGCGCGGGCGCGCGCCCCGUCAACCCCGCCGCUUACGCCGCCGCCUACGCGGGCCCCGACGGCGCGUACCCGCAGGGGGCGAGCGGCGCGCUCUUCGCCGCGGCUGCAGGCCGCCUAGCGGGACCUGCCUCGCCCCCCGCGGGAGGCGGCGGCGGCGGCGGCGUGGAAGCCGCGGUGGACUUCUACGGGCGCACGUCGCCGGGCCAGUUCGGAGCGGCGCUGGGGCCCUGCUACAAUCCCAGCGCGCAGCUCGGAGCGGGCGGUGGCAGCGCCUACCACGCCCGCCACGCCACCGCCUAUACCGGCGCGGUGGAUCGGUUCGUGUCUGCCAUGUGAGCCGCAGGUAGGCACGAAACCUCACAGACUCCAAGACGUUCCAAAAGAUGUUAAUCCCCGGAACCGGCGGAGAGGACUAAAAAGAGUAUAGGGCUGAGACUUGCGUGGAAGGCCCCUGAGGACCCGAGGGACUCGGUGUCUUGCACACUAUUCACAGACCAGAUUUGCUGCGGACGUGGGCGGACGUGGGGAAGCUACAGCCGCGUUUGGACUGGCACAAGGGACCCUCGGUAAUGCGAAAUUCCUAAGAGCAUGCCUUUCUGCCGUUUUACUAGGCUGUAAAGGGUGGAGAGCAGCAUAGUUGUCUACACCAGAAUGCAGGAUCCGAACUGUGGUGGUGAAGUCGUGUGGCUUCAAAGCGUGCGGUGCUGCGUCAAACUCGGGCUUUCUGUAUGCUCGGCCUCUUGUAUU